AUGACAGAACGUGGAAUAAAAUGGGCUUGUGAGUAUUGUACAUACGAAAACUGGCCAUCUGCGAUCAAGUGCACCAUGUGCCGUGCUCAAAGACCUAGUGGAACUAUUAUAACAGAAGAUCCUUUCAAAAGUGGUUCAAGUGAUGGCGGUAGAGAUUGGGAUCCUGCAAGUAUUGAAGGAGGCAGCAGCCCUUUGAUAUGUCCAGAUUCCAGUGCAAGACCAAGAGUUAAAUCAUCCUACAGUAUGGAAAGUGCAAAUAAGUGGUCAUGCCACAUGUGCACAUACUUGAACUGGCCUCGUGCAAUACGAUGCACACAGUGCUUGUCUCAGCGUAGGACCAGGAGUCCCACAGAAUCCCCUCAGUCUUCAGGGUCUGGUUCAAGACCAGCUCCUUUCUCUGUGGAUCCUUGUGAGGAGUACAAUGAUAGAAAUAAACUAAACAUGAGGACACAGCACUGGACCUGUUCUGUCUGUACGUAUGAAAACUGGGCUAAAGCCAGAAAGUGUGUUGUGUGUGAUCAUCCAAGACCCAACAACAUUGAAGCAAUAGAAUUGGCAGAAACAGACGAAGCCUCCUCAAUAAUAAAUGAGCAAGACAGAACUCGAUGGAGGGGCAGCAGUAGUAGUGGUAAUAGCCAAAGAAGAUCACCUCCUACAACCAAACGGGAAUCUGAAAUGAAAAUGGACUUUCAGAGAAUUGAGCUGGCUGGAGCCGUUGGCAGCAAAGAAGAACUUGAAGUUGACUUCAAAAAACUAAAGCAAAUAAAAAACAGAAUGAAGAAGACUGACUGGCUGUUUCUUAAUGCUUGUGUUGGUAAGUUCUGUGUCAGUCAUAUUUCAUUUACAAGGGAAGAUGAGUGGUGUAUAUUGGUUAAAAUGUAAAACACAAUUAUUUUGGCAAGCUUCACACAAUGUUUAUAACAAGCAUGCAUAUGAAGCUCUUUAAACACUUAAAAUCACUAUACAAAUGUUGAAUUUCCAUAUUUUAACAUCACAAUAUGUGAACUUAUUUUUGUAAGGUGUUGAAACAUAGGAAAAUCCUACUUAAAUGCUAGCCAAAUAAAUACCAUUGACACAAGUGUAAAAUCAGAGUUGCACUUCAGUUUUAAAAAUAAAGAUUCUAAAUGCCUUUAAGAACAGUUCUUACAUAUGAACACUAAUGCAUAAAAUUACUUAGCCAUGUGUUAAUUUUUUUUUUCCCUACUUACAGUGACAAGCUGUGCCUUAGAAUCAGCAGCUGCAGUUCACGAGUGUUUGUAAACAGUAUAGAUCUUACACAAGUGUGAGGCAAUCAGUUAAAAAUAACACAGAAUGUAGUUCUGACCUUGGAAAUACUGAUUGUAGUAACAAAUAUUGUCGUUUUGGCAUAUUAUAAAUUACACUUUGAUUAAUUAUCUCUAGUGUAUCAAAUCUAUAAUGCUAUUGGGAUAUGUCUAGUGUUCUGCUAUGUGGAUUUCCCCCUACAAGCAGAUAUUUUGGAAAAUAUUGAAAGUAUUUUCAAAGUAUAAGGGUGGAACUGUGCUGUAUAUUUAAUAAUAAUGAUGAUAGUAAUACAGUGCAAUUAGUUUCAUGGUGCAUUAGGAGGGCAUGUUCCUGUCCCAACGAGCUUACAAUAUAUAAAACCUAAUAACAAGGGAAACAGAUGAACAUGAGGGAAGUGGUGGCUGGGGUAAAAGAAUAUGAGAUUGUUUCAGUUAUACUUAGGCUUGGUUACAGGCUUAGUUCUAGUGGAACAGCCUUCCCUGACCUGGUACCCUUUAGACAUUUUUGGACACAUCAGGGGCUGAUGGGAGUUGUAGUUCAGACAUCAGUUUGGGGAAGGUUGUAUCAAAGCAUUCAUGAAAAAGUGGAUUUUGAGGAGGGAUUGGAGUAGGUAAGACAAGUUACAUAGACAGUUCACACAAAAGGGUUAGCAGGGCAGAAAAUGUGUAAAUAGGUAUAAAAUUCAGCUAUGCCAGCCUGAUCCAAUAUUUAUUAUAGUUUUUUUUCAGUAUCUAUAACAGAGUUUUCAGGGUAGCUCCUAACAAAAAAUAAAUAAAACAAAUUUAAAAUUCAGAAGCAAAAAAAGUGCAAAGACAACAACAAAAAAUCCACUCUGAUUGGAAAGAAUAAAUUCAGUUUAAAACUAAGACCCUCCCCCCAAAUAUUUUUGCCUAGUAAUAAAACAACCCCCCAAGAUUAGAUGCCAAGUGAGCCUCUGUGGAGAAGGCAUUGCACAGAGGAGGUGUCCACCUGCCCCCAAAGACCCCCACUUCUGUAGCUACUUAUUGCAUUUCAUUAGAUGGAGGCAUUCAGUAGGACCUCUGAAUGUUGAGAUACAUACUAUCUUAAUCAAAAAUUAUGAGAUAAGCAGAUUGCCUUCAAAUAUGAAUUCUGCCUUGUAUGGCUCUGUGGUAGCCUUAAUCAGCAAGGAAUUUCAUGAAAGCAAGUACAUGGAAUUCCGUGCAGGUGAGUGAGUUGGGUGGCAGAGGAGGAAUGACACACUCUGUCCUUCCUUUCCGUGGCCGAUGUAAAAACAAGUGGCCUGCCAGACUAUGGCAGGCUACUGAGCUUGGUGUAUCUUUGUAGAAGAAAGUAAGAAUUUGUGAACUUAAUUUGCUCACUACUGACUACUGAAAAAUACCCUGUAUUCUUUCAAAAUAAUAACCUUCCAACUUUUUAUGGAAGAAGGGGGGUAUACAAAGCACUGCCAGGAAGUGUCUCCCCUCCUUUGUGGAAGAUGGAUUUUUUCUUGUUUAUACAAGACAGAACUCAAUGUAGCAUACUGCUAUCCAAAAUUCUCAAACACCCAUGGUAAAAAUAAUGUUCAUUGCCAUCUUUCUCCCUUACGGUACUAUACACAAAGACAAAGAUUUCUUAUGGAUUUAUUUUUUAAAGAAAAUUGUCAUGAAUAGAACAUUCCCUUCUUCAUUUAACAACAAGAAUACCCUUGCUUGGAUUUAUUAAAUGCUACAAAGAUGUUUAGCUGGUGUUUGAGAGACUGGGAACUUAAGACAUGGGUGUCUAAUAUUGAAUACCUGAUGGAUCUAUUGCUUAGGAUGGUAAUACUGACAUGUCAGAACACUGUGGCAAAUGCAUGUAAUGUGUGUAUAUAAUAGUGAAAUGCUAGACUUGCAAAUAGUAUUCAGUUAGAUAUGGCAAAUAGUUGACCAGGAAAAGAAGGUUCCAUGUUUUGCUGCUCGUAAAAUAAAAGGCAUACUAUUUAUAGUGCUUAUUUAAAGAUUUAAAAACAAUGAAUUAUACUUGUCUUUGAAUACAUGGUUCUUGUUUUGGCCCAAAUGCAAAUAGCUCAUUAAUUAUCUUUGCAGUUUUGCAUCUUGCAUUGCAGCAUGUCCUGAAAAGGAGACUCCGUUGAUUUUUAAGUUUGCCUUUUUACAAUUUUGUUAUAGUGGUUUCAAGAUGCUGUUUCCCAUGAUUUAUUUUUAGAAAUUUGAUGUCAGUCACUCUAGCAUUUAAUUAGUAUGCGACAAGUUGCUUCCUGUGGGAUGCCUUUUGUAAGGUACCAUAUGAGAGGAAUAGAUUCUGCACAAUUUUUGUCUUUUGUUUUUCUAAUGUGGAAAACAUGAUUGUGGUGUAUCAUAAUAGCAAAUGUAUGUUUAUAUUUCCCAUGUGUGGCCGAUACCUUAAGGCAUUUACUAGCCUCUGACAUACUAGGUUCCUGUGGUGCAGAAAAGGUAUAUACCAAGGCCAAAGUGGCCACCCUAAUGCCUUCCUUAAUUAAAUAUUAUUUUAGAUUUGCUGCUCAUUAAUAAAAUUCUCAAGGUGGCUUACAAAAAACCCCCAUCUUACAGUAUUUAAAAUAAAAUCCAGUAAUUGGAACAACAACAAAAAAACAGGUUAAACUUUCCUAGUGGAAGCAGAAAAAAAGUUUGCAGCUCAGUUUAAAGCAACACUAAAAGAGCCAGAGCAUAAGCUUUAUUUAACAGCAAGAAAACAACAAAAGGAGGACUUUUUUCUGCUGGAACUCACCAGAAUUCAGUUCCGGCACCUCUUAUGUGGACACCAUUGCCAUUAUACAGAGACAAAGGAAGGUGUUUGUGGUGAGUUCCAGCACCUUUUUUUUAGAAAAAUGGCACUGAUUAUGUAGACCUGUAGUUUAUUUUAAAAUACAGGUUUAGAAGGCCUGAGUAAAUAAAAAGGCACUCACUUGGGGCCAAAAAGACCAUAAAAAGGUGCCUGAGGAGACUAUACCAAUACUGGUGUGCCACAGCUGAGAAGCCCCUCUCUUUUGUAGCCACCUGCUUCACUUCACCUGGAUCCAAACAGGAUCUCAAUGUUUCGGCCUUUGUAGGCUAAAGCUGGUAAUUCACAUUAGGCCUGGAAAAGGACAGGGAGGCAGUGCGGCAGGUUAAGUACCUAGUUCAUAGCCUUGUGGCUCUAUUUUAAACAAAUUGCAGUUUCUGAGUCACUCUUUAAAAAGGCAGCCACAUGUGCAACUCAUUGCAGUAGUCUGAAGGUGUGGUUACCUGAAUGUAAACAGCUCUGGCCACGGUAUAGCCAUACUUUAUAUAUUGGCUACAACUGGUGAAAGGUACUUGCCACACAGACCUCUUGAACCUCUUAUGAUAAUUUUGCAUCCAGAAGUAUCCCUAAGCUGUGAAUUUACUAAGUUUUUUGAGGCGUUGGGAACCCUUUUCAGAUCAGACUGUUUGCCCUUCACAUGUGGCCCUCAAUACCUUUUUGGAACCCCUUGGCAACAUUUGAAACCCCCCCCAUCCUCAUCUCAUGCUGUCUUUCCAAAGCUGGGGGAGUUUCCAAAGUUUGGGGGAGGAGGUGUGAAGGCUCUAACAGGAUCCUAGGGUUCUUCCAUCUCCUUUCCAAAGCCUAGUCUACACUUUUCCAGCUUUGGGAAGGAGAAGGGAGGGCUCUUAUACUCUUUCAGAGCCUCGUGCCUCCUUCCCAAAGCCCAGUGCCUUACUUAGCCCGCUGUGAGAAGGCAGCACAAGGGCUGUGGGGGAGGCAUCAAAUUUUAGCCUUCCUGCCCCCGUAUGACAAGGCAGUGUGCCGUCUAAGGGUUCCAUGUUGAACUACUCUUGGGGCCCAUCUGGUAUGAAAAGUUGGGCUGCCCUGACCUGGAUGGACAAAUCAUCUACCAAUAGUGCUUCCACCUUAUCAGGAUUGAGUCUCAGUUUGUUAAUCCAAUCAGUUACCAUGCUGAUGUUCUGAUUCAGGGCAUCCACAGCCUCACCUGCUUCUGAUUAUUGCAUACUGGUCACACCUCAGCCCAGAUUGCUCAACCUCUUUUCUCAGUGGUUUUGUGUACAUGUUAAACAGCACGGGGGCUCCAGGAAGCACAAUUGUGAAGGCAUUGAGCAGUAUUUCUGCAGUACCAACUUAUGGAAUUGGUCCUCUCAGUAGAAAAGGAAAAUCCCUCUUAUGCCUAGGUGGGUGAGCCUAACUAGAAGAAUACAAGAGUGAUGGUAUUGAAAGUCAUGGAGAGGGUUACACUUGAGCCUUCUGUCUUCUAACUGCUUGGACCCAGCCAACCAUACAUUUCCUGCUAGAUUUAAUAAGCCAUGACUGGCAAGGGUCAAAUACACAAGUGUUAUUCUGAGCAUGAGUCAUGACCAAGCAUUGUCCAUGUCCUCAUGUUUCAGUAACUGAAAUCCAUCCAAGCAGGCUGGACCAGAUGGAACUCUGAACACCUCUACUACUGACAUAGCAUUAAUUGUAAAGUUUAAGUCAUGAUGGAUGCGAGAAACUUUACAUUCAGAGUGUCCUGCAAACAUGUGAUAGUGGGUUCCUGAGGAUUCACCACAUCUCCCAGGCCAGAUUUCAAAAAGGCCCUGCACUGUUUGGGAAAUCUAGAUAACAUUGAGAGGAUUCAGCUAUAGGUGGAAAAAGUUUGUUCACAUCCAUCACUGCAACAAAGUAGGCUCUCACUUGUGUUCAGUUGGAUUCAUCUUGAAUUUCCUUCCACUUGUGUACCAGCUGUCUUUCAGCUUGUUUCAUUGUGCUCAGGUGUGUAACAAGGAGUUGCAUAGGCUGUACCUAAAGGAAGAGACUGGUUGCAUCAGUUGAGUGAGUCAUCUCCUUAUUCCAGAGAACAGCUAGGGCUUCAGUAGGAAUGCCUGCCAAAUCAGCUGGAAAAGCCCCCAGAAACAGCCUCUGGGGUGAAUUGUUGUUAAAGGUACCCCACAGUUGCUGAGGGGUAAAGCCCCUGCAAGAUAGUCUCAGCACCAAACAUCCUUGGGAAUCUCCAGAACCAAAUAUGAGACCAUCUUCAUCAGUUCAGAAAAGUAGCAGGGUGGAUGAUACGCUAACAGAACCCCCAGUGUGGCCCAGGAGUCCAACAGAAGAUAAAAAUACUCCAAAUUAGUACCAAAUAGGACAGCAGAACUGGAGAAAAAAUGGUGCCUCCACGAGGCAUUUUGAAAUCCUUGCUAUAAUAUGGAAGUUCAGGUGGAUGUGGGCAGCAUGUAUGUAUUGGUGCUCUCCUGCCAGCUGAAGAUGACACAAAAUCCCUCCUAAUGUACUUCUGGCAGGCAGCAUCUUGAAGAAAGCUGUAGAGACUAUAUUGGUUUUUUAUACAUCUGCUGCUCUGUUUCUUGGCCUGUCAACCUGCUGCUUUGACUUCUGCAUUUGUGCCAAGCCCAACAUAGUCAGAAGAGAAGUCUGCCCCCCCAAGCCAUUUUACCAGUCAAAUGUUGAGAGCAUGGAGUUGGCUGCUCCUGCUGGCCAAAAAUCACAUCACCACCCUUAAAAAUACAGUCUGUUACCUUGUCUCCAGAUGGUCUGGCUGCUGCUGCAGUCCUUCUGGCUGUUCCUAGCUUUGAAGUCUACUGCUUCACUAUCUUGCCCAUCAUGAUAGAUGGAGUGAAAAAACCAUGCUGUGUCACACACUCUAGGCAAUGAGGCAAUAGCCCUUUGGCUGACAUGGCCUCUUGUUACCCGCAGAGGGUAGAGAAAGCAGACUCAGCCAAUCAGAAGCCUCAGCUUUAAUGAAAAUCUAGUAGUGAAUCUGUGUACCUUUUAGCCUUGAUUGCCAUGCUCACUGGACAGCAGCAGGGGCACAGUUAAAGUUUACUGUUAAAGGCUCUCCAUAUCUUGUGAGAGGGUGCUGCCCUAUGACUACUGAAUUUUGCAGGUUGCUUCUGUAAAAAGCUGUGGAAGAAAAUACUGAAUUAUAAUCUUUCCCUUUUUAAUCACUAUUGUUCUGAUUUUAAAAAUCUAAAGCAUCAGUUUUGUAUUCUCUCCAGAGUUUUCUUUUAGGCUUGAGGGUAUUAGAGAGCUCUUUCAUCUUGAUGGCCUUACGGGGAAAAUGUACAUUUUUAAAAGCAAUACAGAGCAGUCAAAUCAAAACUCUCAGGCUCUAGUGGCUAGUGAUGUUAAAUUCUCAAAAAUAAUCUUUUGGAGAGAAUAUUCUCACCUCAUAUCACUACUAGUGGCACACCAUAUAUGAUUCCCUGGGAUAUGUUCCUAUUCUGCAGAUAUGAAAUAAGGAUAGGUGCCCUGUGAAUGAAGCAUGUGCCUUUUUCCUUAGUAUGCCCACUUACAUUGUGAUAAUUGCAUGAAAGGGCCCUCAAUUAUUUUUUGAAAUUUGCAUUCCAGUCUAGGUAAUCAGUCCUCUUCCUCAACUCUCCUACCUUAUCUACUUGCAUCACCAGGAUGGCAUGAACAGUAGAGUUGAGCAAACUACAAAGGAGCUGAUAUGUACCCUAGAUAAACAAGAUAUUUGCCUGAGGCUGAUAGAAUGUGAUAGUGUUUUCUGGAGGAAGGUGACUUAAAUUCUCUGUUUCAAGUUCAUUUGGAUUCUUCUUAUUUGAUGAAUUGAUCAGAGCUAUUCAACCACUGUUCUUGUUAACUUUGCUUGUGUGCAACAUUUCCAAAUGGUUAAUUUCCUUUACUUUGGUAUAACUUUUAGAUUGGCCAAACCAAAAAUUUCCUGCUGCUAACACAUGAUAAAAGAUUGAAAUGUCUGAUCAACAUUCUUAAUGUUUCAGCUUUGUGGUUGGCUGUGAAUUUCCAGACUGAGUAUCCUAACCUAAGCCUGCACAAUGUGUGGCUUGCUAAGUUGAACACAGCCAGACAUUUUUUUGAAACCUGAUGGGUACUUAAUAAGCUUCCGUUUUGUGUAGCCAAGCAACAAAACCAGGAGGAGACUAUCAAGUUCCAAGCAAACUACCAGAUCUACUUGGUGGAUGUGGAUCUACUUGGUGGAUGUCUAGGCAUGUCAGGACAUCAAUUAAUGUGCAGUUUUGGUGGUAUGAGGUCUCCAUACCACAUGUUACAUACGUAUGUGGCCUACUUUGAACAAGAGAUGCAGCAGUGGGGAAGAAAAACUGGAAGUUGGAAAUCCUAGAUGGGGAAAAGGGUUGAGUGGCUUCUUCCGCAUUACUUCUUUACACUUUAAACAGCUUUUCUAGUUAUUCACAUGAUCAGAAUACUGUAUUCUGAUCAUAAUCCCCAAUAUUUGUCCUGCUUUGGUCUCCUCUUAUAUUGCUUGUCCUCAGCAGUGAAAUCUGUAAUGGAAGCGUUUGACAACUGUUCCUUUCAUCUGCUAUGGGGAAGAAAGGUGAAAAGAGAUUAUUUGGCAGAGUAUGUAUGUGUAACAUUCAUUCUUGCCUAAGAGACUCCAGAAACCACAUUUUCUCUUAGAAUUGUCUGUCUGGGAAUGCAGCUUUCAUUAAAAGCAUUUUACUGAUACUUUUGAGAAAUAUGCUUGCCUGCAGAAAGUGUUUAUAAGUGUUUAUAAUCCCACCCCCCAAAAUACUUCUCAGGUCAUAGCCUUCAGACCAGUCAUCUCUCUUAAUGGUGUCAGAAAUUUUAUCAAGUGGUAAUCUUAGGCUGUAUAUCAUAACAUCAUGUAUAUUAUGAUGUAAUUGUUAUCUUAAUAUUACAUUUUUUUAUCUAAAUAAUAAUCUGAUAUUUAAGGAUGUGGCAUCCUAGAUCUGUAAAAGAAUUUGUGGAUAAUCUUCUUAGUUUCAUAGAUGUAGGUGUCUUGUUGCCAUUUGGGGGCAGGACGGCAACACUUUUUAUUUAUUAUUUUGAUAAGCAUGCACUAAUACACAAUUCACAUAAGUGACACAUUGUUAAUAUCAAAUUUUUAACAGAAAUUGUUAAUACAUGUUUAAUUUGGUGUUUACAGCAAACAUAUUAGUACCAAACUUCAGUUUUCAAAACUACCCUACGUACUCUUUAUUGUUAAAUUCCUUAGCAUAUUGUCUAUCCAUAACAUAUACUUCAAGGAUUCAAAGCACAUACAUUUCAGUAAUCCUUGAGUGUCAGCCAGGCACAAAAAAUGGCACCCAGACUUUUUGAGGUGCUCGCAAAUGGAGAAUCUUUGGGCGCAAAAUGCAUCUGGCAUUUCUCACUCUCACUGGCAAUCUCACUCUCACUGAGGAGGACCCACCAUUUGGCUUCCACAAACAGUAGCAAUCUAAGCAACAAACAAAGGUAUUUAUAUCCUUUUAUAGAUCUGUAGGCUGGAUGUCCAACAGUUGGCAGCACUCAUAUCCCAUCACUCUUCCCAGUGCUUCUGCUAUAUAUUGCUCAGCAAUACCCAGGCUGGUAGAGGUACCAAAAGUGGGGAAUGAGGUGUGCAGAUGGAAUCACUUACUUCUCCCCUAUCCCAUGCUUGCAUUGCCUGGUCUGAGAAUCAGUCAGGUAUCCUUUCCAUCUCAUGCUCCAUCAACCUCCUCUCUGUUGGCUUUUUUUUUUUUUAAAGACCAAUUUUAUUUUGUCCUCUCAGAGCUCACUCUAGUGCUUGGACGUUAGGCAGGGACCAUAGUCAGAGGAGGAAGUGGGGCUGUGCUCUCUGUGUUGGCCUGGCUGCCCUAAGGGUCCUUGGAGGUGAGGACUCGGGGGCCAACUUUAAUUGAGAGCUGACACACCAGCCAUACCUGCAGAAUGGUGACAGUGGCAGAAGGAGUGACUUAUGCUGUUAGCUAGUUACCCGGUUCCCUAACUGAUGGGCUGGGCAUGUUUAGCACAUGUCUGCACAUAAGCUUUCAGUAAUAUUGGGAUUCCCUUUCAUUCAGUGCCAAUAUUAUUUGAAAGCUAUGAGCAAUAAACUUGUGGCCUGCUGUAAUCCUCUUAAGCAUUGGCCUCCAUCUUUCAAGCCCCAGCUCUGCUCCACUCCCAGGUGCAGGCAUAACUGGUUUUGUAAGCCCCAUUGAGGACUUUUCUCAAAAGGUGGGUUAUAAAUCUCUUGAAUGUGUUAGUUGUUCUUGAGUAAAUGUGUGUACAAAAAUACUAAAUUCAGAUUCCUUUUUGGUUUUUAGGCACAGUCCAGCCCUUAUGCACCUGUGUGUCCUGGCCCCCAUGAUAGACAGGCCCAUGGGGAGGAGCAAGGGGCACUUAAGGGUAAGAAGGGGGGUCCUUAUAGCCCCUACAAAGUCUCCGGUACUUACUAAGCUGGGAGGGAGGAAUAACCAGUUGUGCUGGCAUUUCUUUGUACCUUGGAUCCAAUGUUUGUGCCCAGAGAGUCAUUCUCCCUUUUGGCCUGGUGAGUAAAGGAGGCUAUGGUACAGAAUGCCACAAAAUCAUUGUUUCUAAGAACUGACAUGCAAACAAAUCAAAAAGAAAAACUUUGAAUAUAAUUUGUGACAAUUGCAACCUACUGAUAGUGCACUAUUGUGGCUUUCUUGGUAUAAAAUGAAGCGCCCAUUCUACAAAAGUAGAGUAUCAUUAUGUAGGCUUAGAACAUGAAAUACAUUUCAAUCAUGCUUUCUGCAGCUACAUUUACAUCUGCUUCACAUCUGACAUCACAUCUGAUGACAGGUGUGCGUGGUUUUGGGAAAAUAGCCUUGAGAGGGAAAUGGGGAGGCCUAGUAGGUUAAAUUUGGCCCAUGGGCCAGAGAUUCCCCAUUCUAGGGUCUUGCCUCAUUAUUAUUAUCACAUGAAUUUGUUGAUUUCUCUUAAGCAGAGGUCUGUGUGCUAGGUAAAGGAUAUAGCUUGAUAAAUACCUGCAGAAAGAUACUGUUUUAUACAAUGCAGUGUAAAAAUCUGAAUGCUGCAAGUUUGAUCACUUUUACUUUAGGCUAUGAAAUGUUAACAUAAAAGUGUAGGAUUGAAUUUUACACAGUGCUUUUACUGUAUAGCUUUUCUUUGCUGGCUGGAAACCAAAGAUGUUGGGGAUUUUUUAAAAAAAUAAUCUAGUUCCUAUUUUAUAGUUUUCAGAAGCAAUUUCUCUGGAACAGAGAUUAUAAAGCUAAACAUGCUUGGAAUAGCUUAGACGGCUUCAAUAUUGAAAAUACGUUGUAUGCUGCCACUUCUCUUACUGUAAAGGGUAUUGUUUCAUUUCCCUAGUUAAUCUUCCUAAGAUUCAAAAAGAUUGAGUAUAUAUUUAUUUCCUAGGGUAUGUAGUUAUUUCCCAGAGAAUGAACACCACUUCUUUCUGUGGUCUAGUUUGGAUCAUCUCCCAUUUCUUCCUUCUUGGUGUGUUGUAAUAAGCCAGAAAUUCCCCUGGAAUUAAUCCGAAGUCCCUAUGUUUUCCAUCACUGAAACAAGGCAGGAUUUUAAACCAUUAUUUGCAGUUGGUUUAAUAUCCUAGCUUGUUCUAAACCUAGUAACCAUAGUUUCCUGGUUUGGAUCUAACUGAAAAGGAAGGUUAAUUAAACACUUCCCAGCUUACCACAGUGUGUGGAGGAGAAAGGGGACUAUGAGCACAAGUUUUGUUGCCCUUUGGGGCUUAUUGAGUCAAGAUAAGAUUGUCUAAACCAGGCAUAGACAAACUCCGGCCCUCCAGAUGUUUGGGACUGCAAUUCCCAUCAUUCCUGAUCACUGGUCCUUUUAGCUAGGGAUGAUGGGAAUUGUAGUCCCAAACAUUAGGAAGGCCGGAGUUUGCCUAUGCCUGGUCUAAACAUAGUAAGUUCCAGGAGCUUCCUUUUGCGUUCUGUCAUCUCUUUAAUCCAGAAGGAGAGGGAUCCUACCAAAGAUACUCAUUUUCUCUGAAGGGCAGUUCAGUACAUACUUGCACAUCCUGUCUAUUGCCAAGACUCUCACAAACUUAUUUCCCUUCCAGUUUGCCAUGAUGGUGUUGGUGGAUACCUUAUUCUUCAGAACAAUAAGAUCCCCUUUUUUUCUGUACCAGGACUUUCUUGUUCCUGGAAGUCCAUUUUGGGAAGAUGAGGAAAGCAUAUAAAAUGAAUUCAGUUGUUUAAAAUUAAGUAUCCUAAAUGCAAUGUACCAAAUGCAUCCCCUCUUCAGGGGUGGCAUUGCACUCCUGAUUACACUUCCUUUGUUUGCUUUAUUCUGGUACAUCCAUAUUCAGUCAAGACCCCACAUUAAUGAAGUUAUCCAUGGCAGGCAUCCACUUAGCACUUUUGAAGUGGUUAUUAAAUGGUACCUCUUAGUCACUGCAAUUUGCCCUUGCAUAGGAUCUUAGUCCUGUUGAGCCAUCAUAGCCCCUCCUUCAGAUAGCUUGUAAUGUUUUGUAUUCCGCUUAUGGCAUUGACAGAGUAGUUAUUUUGUGUGAUUUUUGGCUAGCUUAUGGCGAAUUGCUCAGGUAACACCCUUCCUGAAACAAAGGCGUGUCCUACUCAGAGUGAUGUUAUUAAGUUUCUAUGAACUGACUGGACUUGCUAAAACAAAUGAUCUAUAUCGCUCCCCACUUGUGUCCUAUAUAAUAGCAAUUUCCUCCUUCACCUUGAGAGCCAAUGUCUUAUAGUGGUUAGUGUCAAGACCAGGACUGAGGAGAAGUACAUUCAAAUCCCUACUCAGCCAUGGAAGCUCAGAGGGUGAUCUUAGACAAAUCACAAAUUCUUUUUUUUUUAAAAAAAAAAUAAUAUUUAUUACUUUUCCAACAAUUUAAACACACACAAAAAAAAAAGAAAAAAGAACAAUACAAUGCAAUACAAAAACACUACAUAACACAUUAAACUAACAAAACAAAACAAAAACAAUUUAAAAAACAUCAAACAAUUUCAAUAUCUUAUCUUUCAUUCACUUAUUUCAGUGACCUCACACCUCCCUUUUUGUAUUCCACUUCUGUUGAUUGUUUCAGCAAUUCCUUUCCAUCUUCCUCUGCUUUCUAUCCUUUUAAUUAUCUUAACAGAUUCUAACCUUAUUCUUCCCUUUAAUACUCUAUUGAUCUAUUUAUACUUAAUUCCUUAUAACAUUUCUACUAAAGCCAUAUAACUUCAUUCCAACAUUUUUCUAACAUUCAGUGAUUUUACAAUAUUUCUGUAAAUAGUCUUUAAACUUUUUCCAACAAAUCACAAAUUCUUGACUUAGCCUACCUCACAGGGCUGUUGUGAAGAAAAAUGAAGUGGGGAGGAGCACCUUGUAUGCCGCCUUGAGUUUCUUGAAGGAUAAAAAUAACAAUGUAGUAGUUUGUAUACAGCCACAAGGAAGACUUCAGCGAGUUCUGUAGCUUCAUAUUGAAGCCAACCAUGUUCAAGCUGCAUCCUGCCUAACUUCUGUAAUGUGUCUUUGGCAGAUCUGUCACUGGAACUCUGGCACAUUUGAUCUGGUGCCCAAUGAGAGAAUUUUCCAAACAGCCCUAAGGUCAUUUUAGAAGGGCUCCAUUUGUGUGAUUUUUGGAUAGUAUAAGUAGAUAGGGCUAUAAGUGAGAACCAAAUCUCAUUAGUAAUGUUUGAAGUCCUUCCACAGAGGCCCUGUGAAUAUAAGCAAUUGAUUCAUCCCUUCUCUUGAACUACCAUGCUGUAGACAAAAAGUUGCAUGGACUUGAUCUGCAUACCCUCCUCCAUGGACAUGUACUGUAUAGGUUUCUACCUUCAUGUGAACUGUGAACUGUGGCAAAAAUACUAUGCAUUAUCAGUUACUGUGACUGGCAAGGCACAGAGCUCCACUGAUGGCAACCAAAUUCAAGGCCCUUCCCCAACUUAGGAUCUCGAUGUAUGGUAAGGAAAUGGUACAAUAAAUGGUAACUUGAUUAAGAAUGAACUGUCAUUAUCUUAAGUAAUAUUAGAAAUUUUAACUUUAUGACCCAUCUUCCAUGUCUCUAGGGGUUGUAGAAGGUGACUUAGCUGCUAUUGAAGCAUACAAGUCGUCAGGAGGAGAUAUUGCACGCCAGCUUUCUGCAGAUGAAGUACGCUUGUUAAAUCGCCCUUCCGCUUUUGAUGUGGGAUACACACUUGUUCAUCUUGCUAUACGUUUUCAAAGACAAGAUAUGCUAGCAAUUCUGCUUACAGAGGUGAGUUUUCACUUUUGCUGGUAUGUGUGCUUAUGGGAGUCUCUGCAUCUGGUUCCAGAGACAACUGAAGCAUCAGCAGGGAAUUUAAUGAGAGUAGUGCUGAAGCCUUGGUGGUCAGUUUGAUCCUUCUUGGUGAGGUAUACCAGAGAGGUAUAUGAAUAAGAUGAAUGGUGCCAAUACCAAUAGAGAGUUUGCUGUCCCUUAGUCUUAUCCUCUGUUUCCUGUUGUUGUUGUUGUUUGUUUUAUUCAGUUUAUAUACUACAGUGGUGCCUCGCAAGACGAAAUUAAUCCGUUCCGCGAGAGUCUUCGUCUAGCGGUUUUUUCGUCUUGCGAAGCAAGCCCAUUGACGGAUUAGCGCUAUUAGCGGUUUAGCGGCUAUUAAAGGCUUAAAGGCUUAGGGGAUUAGCUGCUAAAAGGCUAUUAAAGGCUAUUAAAGGCUUAGCAGAUUAGAUAAAGGGGGGGAAAAGCGAAAAAAAAAUCUCAAGACUCGCAAGGUAUUUUCGUCUUGCGAAGCAAGCCCAUAGGGGAAUUCGUCCUGCGAAGCAACUUCAAAACGGAAAACCCUUUCGUCUAGCGGUUUUUCCGUCUUGCGAGGCAUUCGUCUUGCGGGGCACCACUGUACCCUUUAUUAAAAGAUCCCAGAGUGGUGUGCAACAUUAAGAACACAUUUUACGGAGCACAGUAAUAAAAACUAUAAUAAUAGUCUGUGUAAUAAUAAAACAACAAUAAUAACAGCACCCCCCACCCCUGCUUUAAGAGGCCAUAGAUUAUUUAAUAGCCAAAGGCUGGGUAAAGAGGAAUGUUUUUGCCUGGUUCCUAAAGACAUGUAAUGCCAGGUGAGCCUCUCUGGGAAAAGCCUUCCACAGAUGGGGAGCCACCACCAAAAAGCCCUGUUUGGGUUUAGUGAAUGUGUGGCUCUCCAGAAGUUGUUGGACUCUUUAGUUCCCAUGAACCAUAGCCUGCAUUGCCAAUAGUUGAGAGUGAUGAGAGUUUUAUUGUACUGGAUUGUCCACAUCUACUGGGUUAUUUAAUAACAGAAAUUAGUCACAGUGGUUGAUGAGGAAACACUGAUUCUUCCUGAGCAAAGCUUUGCUCUUCUGUAUCUUUAACAAUUCUUAUUAAAUUUAUAACAGUAUAAUUCCAGAGCAACUUACAGCAUCAAACAAAUACAUAAUUAAACUUCUGUGAAAACACUAAAAAUGAAACAGUCUUUUCAGAGGUUAGAGGUCCUUGGGAAAGGUCUUCAACUGGCUCUAAAAAGACAUCAAAGUGGUUGCUGGAUGAUCAUUCCACAGGCAUGUUUGCAAUCAAGAAAGGUCCCCAGUUUCUACCUGCCCCAGCUUAGAUGACAAUGACACGCAGAGAUAGGCCUCUGAAAAUGACCACAGUGCACAGGCAGGUUGAUGUGGUGUAGCUUUACAAGUAUCAAGCCAUGUAGAGCUUUUAAAAACAUUUUGAAAUGUUCUCCAAAAUAGAUGGUGGAGCACUGGAGAAAUAUUCCAAGAAUGUGUUAUGUUCAUUGAAGGGAUUGCUCUGACUUUAGUAUUGUAGUUAACUUUCAAUAAGUGAAAUGAAUAAAUCCAAGACACUACCAGGCUAGGCAGAAAGGGACAGUGGAGCUGUGUAUUUAUGGACUACUUCACACCGGACAUGGUUUCUAUAUGGAGGUAAUCUCAGUGUAGGAAAUACGUUCCUUGUGAAGCAGUCCUGGAUACCCUACCAUGUGAGGGACUUUGAUACAGCUGUAAACUACAUCUUAGCUGUGUUUUAUAUUAGGAACACAUUAAUUCAUGUAUUCACUAGAAAUGGACAGAAAUCAGGGCUGCUAAAACUACCUUCUUGUUUUGUUUCUGAAGGAAUGAUGCCAGUUAGUUCAAAGACUUAUCCAAUGCUGGCAGCUCUUUCUAGGAACUCAAUUUCAAUUGAUCACAGAGUAGCAUUUAAGCUAUGGAAGAAGUGACAUACAUCUCCUCAAAACCUAGUUCACUCUUUGGAUAGUUUUGUCCUUCCUGCAAAGAGCUUGGGUUGGUAUCCAUGCAGGCAAGCCCCUUUCCCUCUCACAGGGGUAGGUUAGACUACAAAUGCAUUACUGCCCUGUGAUCACCCAGCAACCUAUAUGUCUGAGCAGGAGUCAGAAGUGAGAUGCCUCUGUUCCCAGUCCACCAUUCUAGUAAUGCAGAACAUUGGGUCUUACUGUUACUGUCAGCUGUCCUUGGGUGGGGGAUUCUCUUACGUUUUAGCAGGUGUGGUCCAUUUCUCUCUUAAAUUAAUAACAUCAUGAAACAUCCUGUUACAGGUAUCCCAACAUGCAGCUAAGUGCAUUCCAGCUAUGGUAUGCCCAGAGCUUACUGAGCAAAUCCGACGUGAAAUUGCUGCAUCUCUUCAUCAGCGGAAGGGAGACUUUGCCUGCUAUUUCCUAACUGACCUUGUAACAUUUACAUUACCUGCAGGUAAUUAUGAGGUGCUUCUUUUAUCUGUUAUCUUGUCCUUAGCAGAUAAAUGGGUGUAUGAAAUUGCCCACUUCUGACUACUUCUUAUACUUCCUCAACAGAAGUGCUGUAGGUUUUGAAAAAUCUUCAUUCAUUAAGCUUCUUGACUACACAUGGAGUAAAUUUCAGAUGAGAGGAAACUUCAGGAGAAAGACUGUUGUCACAGUUCCUUUAUAUUAACAUUGAAAUUACUUUGAGACUCAUUCCUGUACUCUUUAGGCUAGUACUCUUUAGGCUAAGGUCACCAGAUUUUUUUUCAAAGAAUCCAGAUUUUUUUGAAAAGAGAAAAAAAAAAGUUAUUUAAAAAAGUGUUUGUUUUUUUUUAAAAAGCAAUAUCUUCUCUUCUGUGGGCAGUUGGCUGGGUGGCUGGGCGCUCUCACUUCUGGCUCGAUUUGGGUUGCGGGGGGAGGGGGGUCAGCGGUUCCCCCAGUUGACGUGCAGGGCGUCCCCUGUUCCCCCUUGGCAGUGGCAGCAGCAGUCUCAGCAGCCUGGAGCCAGCUUGGUAGCACAGUUGGCUCUGGCUGGCUUCAGGAGCUGCUCGCUGCCAUGGCGCCUGCCAUUUUGCCUCACUGGAAGUCCGCAUAUAAUGUGUCUUGUGCCGUUGAACCAAUCACACAACAUUCAUUCCCUACUAAGAAAUCUGUAACACUUAAAAUAUAAAUCCGGGGACAUUAAAUGAGAUCUGGGGGCAUUCUGGGGACGGAUUUUGUCCGGGGACAGAUUUUUAAAUCCAGGGACUGUCCCUGGGAAAUGGGGACAUCAGGUAACCAUACUUUAGGCCUAUAUUAUAGUCUUGGAUUCAAACUGUUUUGUUAGUAAAUACCUUGAUCAUGGAAAUAUUUUAAAUUCUAAUACUGUACACCUGCCUGAGAUCACUGUAGCUGUAAAAUAACCAGAAUUCUGCUGCUGACUUCAUUCUACUGCUGCACAGCAAAGAAAUUGCUGAGUUCUGAAGAGCAUUCAGUUGCGAUUGCACAAUUGGUAUAGUACAAGGGUGGGCAACCUUUUGUCUGAUGAGGGAUGCAUACCAGCAGUGGGCAAAGCUGCAGCUAAUGAUGACUGGAGCCAGAGACAAAAUAUUUAUGUCUGUGUUCCUUAGCUUACUAGGGAGAUCUGCUCUGGGAAACCUACUUCUCCAUAAGGGUCUGUUGGAGCAGGUGUUGAAGCCCCUUUGCUCAGCGUGAAGUAGUGCAGCUCCAACAUAGAAAUGAAUGUGACGAUAGUUCAGUCCGUAUGACAGGAGCCAUUGUGGCAAAAGUUGGGAGUAUGUGAGUUUCUGAAAGCCCUCACAAUAGCAUCAGCAUGUGAUGGUUACAGUUCUCUGUGUCCCAUUUGGCUCCAUUACAGACAGACUGGAAAAAAGAGAGAAGAAAUUGGGUUCAGAGAAUGUAUGCCUCAAAGGCCCUGAGGCCUCCCCGCACCCUGGGUCCCAGACUCAAAGGAUAGCUAAUUACUGUUUGUUUCCCUUCAGCCUGAACUCCUAACUGAGGUGACCAGAUAGCUGAGAGUUGGCAUCUGUAUAUUUCCAAUGGUGCCAACAUUUCAGUGAAGUGUGGUUCCUUUCUCCCACCAGUUUCUGAAUAUUUUUGCAGAGCUUGGACUUAAAAAAAGAAAAGAAAAAGCACUUACUUGUAUAACUUGAGGAAACUCUCCAGUAUGUAGGGACCAUUUCUGCUUUGAAACUAUUUUUGUAGCAAUUGUACGUGAGUAGUGACCUCAUAAACACAGAAUCCCUGUGUUUCUGUUACUGCAGAGAAUUGCUUGAUGCUAAAGAUAGUAUUUUAAAGAGGAAAAUGGCCAUAGCUUUUCUAAAAACAGAAACAUUCCUUUUCUCCAACUGUACGUGUUGUACUUAAUUUGUUCUGAUUCACUAGAUCAUGUAAUGCGAAAUAGUCUUGACUGCUCUAGUAAGUGAAAAUAAUUACAUAUAGUGUAUCUCUUUUGGUAAGUGGGAUGAGAUAGGGAAGGAAACAUGCAUGGUGUUACUUGAAGAUAUAACGUAGAGCUCUAACAAUUGAGAAACUUCAGUCUUCUUUUCCUAAUUUUGUUUUGUUUGAAAAUGCCACUGCAUCACAGAACUGAUAAAUAUAUUGCAUUUCCUAUAUUAAAUUUCCUACACAGAGAUGCAUACCUGUGUGGGAGACGUAUGAGCUUGAAUGUUUUUUUCUAUUGAAGGCACCCUAAUCAGACAUACGAAGCUGCCUUAGACAAGUCAGACUACUGGUCCACCUAGCUCAAUGUUGUUUACACUAGGGUUACCAGAUGUCCCAGUUUCCCGGGGACGGUCCCCAGAUUUGCGAAUAAGUCCCCGGACAAAUUCCAUCCCUGGAAUGUCCCCGGAUUUCAUCUAAUGUCCCCGGGAAACGCAGCAGUGGCAGUCUCAGUAGCCCGGAGCAGUUGGCUCUGGCUGGCUUCAGGAGCUGCUCGAAGUCCCCAUAUGAUGGUGGUGCAGGGGCUCUAAGAUGCAGCUUCCGGGCUGCCUCCACCUUCCCUGACCCCAGCAACUAAGCUGUGAAGGGAGGUUUCAUGCUGCCUAUUGAAGCAGCCUCCCAACUCCUACUUGCAUAGAAGCAGGAGCGGGGCGGAGAUCUCUCCCUUCCCAGCUGAGGGAUCCCUGCCCCCUCCUGCUUGCAUGCAAGUAAGAAUGGAAUUGGGGAUGCUCUGAUGGCCUCACCUCCGCGGCUCUUGGCCCUCCUUCUCCGCCUUCCAUGCCUGACCCACUGCGCACCGCUUCACCACCACCACCACCACUGAAGAACCGACAACUCAAGGGCUGCCCAGGUUCAUGGAGAAAGGAGAUAGAAGCCUCGGAGGAAAAUGUGGCGGUUGAGGUCAAGGCAGCGGCCAACCCUCUGUUGUCCCCGGAUUCAUUGAAAAAAAUCUGGUAACCUUAGUUUGCACUGUCUGGCAGAGGCUCUCCAGGCUCUCCUGGGACUAUUUGCUCUACCACUGAGCUACAGCUCUCCCAGCACUCAGCUACACGCAUUGGCUGCCUCACUUGUAUACCCAGUACAUAUUUUAUUCUGGAUGGGGAAAGCAAUAUGAUUGCUAUGUAGAUGAUUAUGCAGGAUUGUAGCCUUAAGAACAUUUAAGCAUUUUAAGUUCCAAUUUUAACAUAUCCUACACCAGUGAGGAAUGUUGCAGUUGGCAACAUCAAAACUUUAUCAUCAAAACUUGCCAGGUGACAGCAGCAAUGGAUAAAUUUUGUUGUGUGCCCUCCAUUCAACCCUAACAUGCUGCUCUGGUGUCAUCCAGAGGUGGCAUUCCUGCGAAAUGUAUGCCUGAUGCAUUUUGAUAGGGAUGUGAGGAGCUCUAGGAAAUACUUUUGUCAAGGUUUCUGGCAUCUGGGCUGCUGCUGGAGCAGUUUACUAGGACCCAAUGAAGAAACUCUGUCCUGUAAGCCACCUCCCCACUGUAACUCCCAGGUAAGUUUCUUUAGCAUGGUGGAAGUGUGGCAUGGUGGAAGUGCUGGACCUCAUUGAUUUACUGGUAUUAGGGACACAGUGGGGCCCAAUGUUCUAAGUGGGCUUCAAAAUGAAACUUUUUUUGUCUUGUUUUUGAGUGUGAGGAGCAUAAUUAGGAUUAGAUGAGAUUGGAGCCAUAAUUUCAUACAGAGAAGCUAUAAAGUAUUUCGCAUAGUGUACUUGCACUGGUUUGUCCUACCUCUUUCUUGGGACUAAAGGACCGUUUCACUUGGUGUGAUUGUCAUGUGAAUAGCUGUUCAUAUGGAAUAUGCGGAUUCUAGAGUUCAAUCAUUUGUCAUGCUCAUUCUUGGUUUUGCAGAUAUUGAAGACUUGCCACCAACAGUCCAAGAGAAAUUAUUUGAUGAAGUACUUGAUAGAGAUGUUCAAAAAGGUAAAUAUGGUAUCUCUGUUAUGCAACGUUUUAUAUUAUGUUGCAUUGGAUAUUGUAUCUUGAUGUUCUGCAUAAUAUUUGCUAUUUUAUUUUACUUAUAUACAUGGUAAGAUGCUUAUUGUUGCUUAAUUAUGUUAUUUAAAGUGGAAUUUAUCAUUAUUAAUAUUAUUAGCAGUAGUAUUAUAAAUGGAAAAAAAAUGAUAUAUUCAUGUUAAGAUAUGUAAACCACUUACAGAUUUCUGUUGAAAUGUACAGUGGUGUGCAAGUUAUUCAUAGAUACCUGAUUGUUUUUGAUAGCCUGCCCUGAGAAAACUGAAGUGCCAGUUGUUAGGCUUUAUGGGAGUAUUAAUAGAAAUAUAUGAAAGUCUGUACUAUGAUAGUCAUAACUGAGUUGUACAUUUGCAUGCACGCCACCAUAACUGUAUUCACGAUUAUGAAAGGAACUUCAUUGCUGUAUUCUGCUAAUCAUUCUAGAAUUUCAAAAGCACGUACACUAGUAUCUUGAAAUGCAACAGGUAUUUUUUGUAGGAUUUAGGAUGAUUAACAUUGUGUUGCUUGUUAUCUUCUAGAACUUGAAGAAGAAUCUCCCAUUAUAAACUGGUCACUGGAAUUGGGUACGCGUUUGGACAGUAGACUUUAUGCACUUUGGAAUCGGACUGCAGGGGACUGCCUGCUUGAUUCAGUACUACAAGCUACAUGGGGCAUUUAUGAUAAGGACUCGGUGCUACGUAAAGCGCUUCAUGACAGUUUACAUGAUUGUUCUCAUUGGUAAGUAGAAAUCAAGAACGAAAAUGACCACAGCUUAUUCAGAUGUCUUAUCUUGAAAAAUGCAAGCUUCUUUGUUAAGACUACCUGGAUACCUGUUGCUGUCAUAGGAUGGAGGAAGGAAUUUGGAGGAUUUCUGCUUCAGUGGCUUGGAAUCUUAUACAAAAUUGCCUUUCUGGCAUCUAUGGAGAAAAAGUCUGUGUUGUACCAUUAAAGUAGUAUAAUUGAUCAAUCAGUUCAAAAUGGCUUUUGUCCAAUGCAAUUUAUAUAAAGUUGUUACUGAAGUAAUCAUGUCAUCUUCGCUGCUUGUUGCUGUCCUCGUAAAUAUCUGGGCUCUGGAAAAUGUCACAAACCUCUGUUGACAUAGCUCCAAACCAUAUCACUCGCUUAACUAGAAUUGCUGUGCAAAAUAUUUUCAUUAUGUGAACUUUGGCUCUGGUAUAUUGAUUACCAUAGAGCUGCAGACUACAGCUUCACUAUGGAUUAGGGGUGAUUCUUUGUACAGCAUGCCAAACUACUUCUCUGGAAGUGUGAACAUCCUAAAAUCAAUAGGAGAGGAAAAUUAAUUGGGACUGGUUUAAUCAGAACGGGGCAUCUGGAACUGGGAAAUGAUUUGGGGACCUCACUUUUUUCUUGGUUUGUGGCCUUGGUUCUCAAUCUGGUGUGUCACUGAUUCCAGCCAUGUUCAGCCAGAUCACUCUUAUGAGGGCAACAGUAUGUUACUGUUUCCUUUAGCAACUCUCAUGCAUAGCUAUACCUAUUCUGACCAUGGAAAUUACAGUAAGUUAUAAUGAUUAAUAGAAACUUAUAUGGAUGGAGUAGGUAGCACUGAUGGAAGUUGGUGCCAGAAUUACUUUGGAGUUGGUGGCUAUGCAUCAUCCCAGUUUGUAAAGGCAUCACCUACCACUGCUAUGAGUUCUACUUAUCUAGGCAAGGUCUUGGAUCAACAAUAUCUCUUCUUUCAUGUGUGAUUUCUGUCCUUCUCCUCCAGCCAUACCUUCUCCCAUUGAACACUGAGAUAGGUAGUUUUGCUGCACUCUUCAAUAUUUCUCCCACCUACCCACUCCUGGUACAUUCUGCCUACAAUCCACUCUCUUGAAGAUGGUCACAGAUGCUCAGCCAGACAAAGAACCCAGUUAUAGGCCUAUUACAGCCACUACACACAAAAAAAGGCACAUCACAACAAUUAAUCUCCAGUUGAACUCCUUUCACAGGCAUUCCACCCCAUCUCUUACCUGGGGCAUUGCAGACAUACCAUGUCUAUUGCUUCCCACUCAGGGGAUGCUAACUCCCAGGUUCCAACAGUUGCGCACACUGGGUUAUCCAAUGUGAACGGGGGGGGGGGGGGGAACCUUGUACUAAUUCAGAAUUCAGACAAGAGAUGCUAAAUGAGCUAUGUUUCAACCAAAUACUAUCUAUCUAUCUAUCUAUCUAUCUAUCUCAGAAUUUGGCAUUUAUUGUCCAAUUUUUUAUUCAACUUCUCUCCUCCCGUAAAAUACUUGGCUGAAGUAGCAAGAAAAGUAUUGUGUUCUGUGUGUGAAUCUGAAGAAAUCCACUUUCAGCGAAAGCUUGCAUAGUUCGGUACGAUCUUGAAUUAUGAAAAUGCAUCUUGAGUCCUUUUAUGCCAUUUUUGUAGGUUCUAUACCCGAUGGAAAGAAUGGGAGUCAUGGUACUCCCAAAGCUUUGGUUUACACUUCUCACUGCGAGAAGAACAGUGGCAGGAAGACUGGGCAUUUAUACUUUCGCUUGCUAGUCAGGUAAGACACGUGUGUGUGUGUUAAAAAAGCAUGGGGAAGCACAGUUAAAAGUUACUUUAUGUUCACAGCUGUGGCUUUUCUUUCUAUUUUGCUCCUAUUUAUUUGAAUCUUACGGUUAGUAUUUAUGUACUUCUGUUCUUCACCGACAUAUUCUUAGUUUAAAAGUUACUGAUGGUUUGGAUGUGGCAGGACCACUUCAGAUUGUUUUCAAUCCUGCUUGGGUAUAUUUUGCCAAAGUUUUUGUCUGCUGUAAGAAUAUGAUGUUGGACUGAGUUGGCCUUUGGUCUGAUCUAGUAGGACUCUACUUAAGGCCUAUCUUGCUCUAGCAUCUUAUUUUCCACAGCAGCCAAUCAAAUGCCUAUGGAGAGCCUAAAGGUGGGACUUGAGGGCAAGUAUCUCUCUCCUGCUGUUGUUUCCUAGUGACUGAAAUUCAGAGGUGCAGUGCCUCUUUCCUGGAGGUAUUAUAUAUAGAAGUCAAGACCGGUAGAUAAUUUCAUCAUGCAUGGAUCUGUCUUAUGCACAAAUUAUCAUUUAGCAUUUUUCAUUCUGGGUACUUUUACGUCACAAAAUAAAACAAAUGUGACAUGAAGUAAAAGGCAAAUGAGUAGGACCUCCAGAAUAGAAGCCCUUAUUCUUCUUCAUUGUAAUUGCCACUGUGGUACUGAAGAAGCAUAUGAGAUUUCAUAAUGCAUUGGUCACAUUUUACUAUAAUGUUAAAAUUUCUUCUCUAUUGAAAAUACAGUCUUGUAUAGUAAUUAGUACGGGACACGGGUGGCGCUGUGGGUUAAAUCAUAGAGCCUAGGACUUGCCGAUCAGAAGGUCGGCGGUUCGAAUCCCCGCAACGGGGUGAGCUCCCAUUGCUCAGUCCCUGCUCCUGCCAACCUAGCAGUUCGAAAGCACAUCAAAGUGGAAGUAGAUAAAUAGGUACUGCUCUGGCGGGAAGGUAAACGGUGUUUCCGUGCGCUGCUCUGGUUCACCAGAAGCAGCUUAGUCAUGCUGACCACAUGACCCGGAAGCUGUACGCCGGCUCCCUCGGCCAAUAAAGCAAGAUGAGUGCUGCAACCCCAGAGUUGGCCACGACUGGACCUAAUGGUCAGGGGCCCUUUUACCUUUAUAGUAAUUAGUACACAGAAAUUUCAGGUAAAGUGAUGCUUUUAGGCAAGGCUAAAAAUAUAAGGGUGCCUGAAGAAACAUGUCCUUGUUUGUUACUUUUACCCUCUUAGCCAGGGGUCGGCAAGGUUUACCUCGCCUGGGCUGAUUCACUCCAGCGGAGAUCCGUCUGCGGGCCGGAUUGUGAGAGUGCGCGGCCACGAUUUCCGCCGCCUGUGCAGACGCGAUUUUCGGCACCGCGGAAGCGAGUCGCCACACUUCACCGGUUUAGCGCAGCACGCAGGAAGCUUGGUUCAGGGGCAGCUCGUGGGCCGGUUAAACGACCCCUGUGGGCCGCUUGUGGCCCAUGGGCCUUAGGUUGCCUACCCCCGCUCUUAGCUAUUGUUCCUAAAGGCUACAGGGGAAAUCUGACUAAAAGUAGACAGAAUUGGUAGCUGAAUCUUGUAGAUUUAUUUUGGCCCCUCCCCCAUAAUAAUUUAAGCACCAACCCAAUGAUGCUUGCAUAUACUUACUGGAUAAUUAUAGCUUUCAAAAUGCAAACAUUUCCAAAAAUAAUUGAUAUGUAAUUAACAUCUGAACAAUGUUCAUGACUUCAGUUACAUGAACAUUUUGCUGAAAUCAAAGGCUCAGUCAAUUGGUCUGUCUCAUGUGAUAGAUAUCAUUUUUAUUUCAAGUGUUAUUCUCUUUGAUACAGCCUGGAGCAAGUUUGGAACAGACACACAUUUUUGUACUUGCACAUAUUCUUAGAAGACCAAUUAUAGUUUAUGGAGUAAAAUAUUAUAAGAGUUUCCGAGGAGAAACUUUAGGAUAUACCCGUUUUCAAGGUAAGUGUGACUUAUAAUAAUGUUUGUUAUAGAAAGGAUUGCUGACAUCCUGAGUGUUCACAUUUUUCUAUUUUAGAUUUGACAGAGAGUACAUUCAGCAGUGCUUUACCGACCUUCUUAAGAGCACUUUGCUAAUGUGGCUGUUUUCAAGGGGUCCUCUUUGCCUUCUUGCCUUAAAGUGACAAAGCCCUCAAAGUCCCAACAGCCUUCAGAGAUCAGUUAUGGAGGCUAGAGUCAUUACUUGAUCUUUUUCUCUCUGAUGAUGCUGUACCUUCUUCCAUUCUUGGGUGCUUUCUGUAAUGGGAGAGAGGCAGACAGGGGAGGCAUGGUAUAACAUGGUAUUCUGCUACAGUGCUCUGCCUGCUCCGUGUGUGUGCUCCGCUGCAGCAGUGUGUUUGCACUUGGAUCCUUGGGGCUAGUCAGGCAAGAGCCUGAUAACAAGGGUCUAUUGUGGAUCCAAAUUGUCUGUAUGUAAAUGCUCCUUCCCCAGUACAGCAGUUGCAAUAUGAAGUCAGUCCAUGUAAGUGAGUAUAACUUUGGCUACAGAUAGGUUGAGUGCAUGGUACCAUAACACUUAACUGCCAUACAAUUUAAAUGCAUUGCCACCUAUUUUUCUUAAGAGGACACUAAACAGGAAUUAUGUUAAGUGAGUGCAGGAGAGCCACUGGUCUGUCAGGAGACAUGCUGAGGGCAAUCUCAUGUGCAAAUGCACCAGGCAGUUUUUUCUAUGAAAGGUUGCUAUGCUACAUAUGUACUUGGAUUACUCACUGCUAUUUUUAAACCCUCUCAAGGCAGGUCACGUUCCUAGUUUAGUUGUUUUGAUGAAGCAUCUAUGAAUAACUUCUGAUGUGCUAGAAGACGGGCAGGGGGAGAUUCAGUUAUAUGUAAUGAGAGGCUGUGGGGACUAGAUUAAUGGACAUCGAGUCAAAUAUGGCUUCCACUUCUUCAGUUACACAGGACAGUUUGUAUUUUAAGUUCAUGCUCAUGGGUUUAUCAUUGAAAAAAAGGUUGCAUAGAAUAUUAGAUUGCCUCUUGGGAGUUGUUACUGCAGCUCAUGAUGCUGGCAGUCUUUUAAUUGCCAACUUUAGGAAGAGAGUAUUGUGUCUUAUAUUUUACUCUGUGGUCCACCGUAAAAUAUACAGUGGUGCCCCGCAAGACGAAUGCCUCGCAAGACGAAAAAGCCGCUAGACGAAAGGGUUUUCCGUUUUUCGAUGCGCUUCGCAAGAUGAAUUUCCCCAUGGGCUUGCUUCGCAAAACGAAAAAGUCUUGCGAGUCUUGCGAUUUUUUUCGCUCCCCCCCCCUUUUUCUAAGCCGCUAAUAGCCUUUUAGCCGCUAAGCCUUUAAUAGCCGCUAAACCGCUAAUAGCGCUAAGCCGCUAAUAGGGUUGCUUCGCAAGACGAAAAAACCGCUAGACGAAGAGACUCGCGGAACGGAUUAAUUUCGUCUUGCGAGGCACCACUGUAUUUUAUAACCACUAAUUAAAAUGAGUCAGCUUCCUAAAUUUGAAACCAGUAUCACAAUGUAUUAAGAGACAUAUUGAGAUGUACAUUGUAAAUGUGGUUUAUGUCAUGCUUUCAGAUUAUUUUUUCCCCAUCAACAUAAUUAAUGUGCAGUGUUCCAUUGAUUUAACCCCUUUCAUCACUCCUUCUUUGUAGGUGUAUAUUUGCCUUUGUUAUGGGAACAGAGUUUUUGUUGGAAAAGCCCUAUUGCUCUGGGCUACACAAGGGGCCAUUUCUCUGCUUUGGUUGCCAUGGAGAAUGAUGGCUAUGGCAACCGAGGUGCUGGUGCUAACUUGAACACUGAUGAUGAUGUUACUAUUACUUUUUUACCAUUGGUCGACAGUGAAAGGAAGCUGCUGCACAUUCACUUCCUGUCUGCUCAAGAGGUAAGAAACACUAAGCAGUUCAGUGUUCAGUGAGACGCUGCAUCAGCAGAAAAGGAAAAGGGGGAAAAAGCAUCUCUGGAGAAUCUACAUGGCAGAGAGCCUAUAGCUGAUAUGUAGCAGUUGCAAAGACAUUUGAAAACAGAUUGUAGUAGUUUGAGUAACAGGCAUGAGAAGCCUUGUGUGCCAACUUAGUGUUGCCUUUCUGUUCUGAAAUUGGUUUGUGAGAGUGGUUAGUGUUGGGGUGUGUGUGUGUGUUGUUGGUGUUCUUGUUUUUAAACAGAUGUAUUAGUAAAGCUUUUGAGGAAAAGCUAAGGCUUCCCAACCAGAAAUAACAGGCAAAACAGUAUGGUUGAAUGUUCUUCUGGUGUGAGUUAUAGAUCUCUAUAAGUUUCUCUCUCUUUGUCUCUGUCUCCGUCUCUUUCUCUUUGUAACUAGAAAGUGAAAAUUUGAAAGCCUAAAAAAGGCUACAAGACCCCUUAAUAAUAUUUAACCAUUUCAUUUGUAUGCUUAUUAAAAGAAGACUGCAAAGUUGAGAGUAGCUGAAAGCAUAGGACUUUUAUUUAUUCUUAUUCUCUGCCUGCCUAAUGGUGGGGUGUGCAUUCUUAAAAGUUCCAAUACCUUGUGUUUGUAAAACACAGAGCUGGCAGUUACAUAAAAUUUAAUUUAUAGGAAGGAAAAAAGUAGGAUAUUUAUGCACUGCUUUAGAUAGUCCCUUUAAAAAAUCCACUUUCCUAAGACAGUCUUCCUGGAGCGCUUUAAAUGUUGCAGGGCACCCCUUUUUUUAAAAAAAGUUGUGGUCACUAAUCUGAUUUUAAUCAUGUCCUAAGUGUUGUGUUCUUUUUCUGAAGAUUGGUAAUGAGGAACAACAGGAGAAGCUGCUCAGGGAGUGGCUGGACUGUUGCGUGACGGAGGGUGGAGUCCUAGUUGCUAUGCAGAAAAGUUCUCGCCGGCGCAACCAUCCCCUGGUAACACAGAUGGUAGAGAAAUGGCUUGAUCGCUAUAGACAAAUUCGCCCCUGUACAUCCCUUUCAGAUGGAGAAGAAGAUGAAGAUGAUGAUGAUGAAUGA